CGCGCUCUCCACACACAGUCCGUGCCGCUACCGCUGCCGCCUCCAUCACGUAUUAUCUCCGCACAACAGCGCAAAAAUUAUCUAAAAAUAUCGGCGGUUUUACACCUCGGCGAAAAAUUAGUGCUUUCGGUGUGUGCGUUUGAAUGGCCGCCCGGUCAUCCCUUAUCUCUUGUGCGCGCAUAUCCUACUAAACGGCCGCUCCGAUGAUCGGUUCAUUUUGGAGUCUCUGUCGAGCGUGUCCCUCAAUGCCGGUAGAUAAGUUGCAUUCGGAAUAUAGGAGCACGUAUCGAUGGCACGAGUACACCGGCCCCCGGCAGGAAGUCGUACGUCGUGCUCCGCAAGGCGGACAAGCGAAUGCCAUGCCACCUAACGAAGAAAGAAGAAUAGAGUUUCAACAAACGCGGAUAGAUGAAGAGUCGCACGAAAUGCCGAAGCUGGAGCCGGCGAUGCCGCGCCGCAAGAAGUACCCGGACCUCGCGUACCGCCACCACGAAUUCGUGCCAGGCGAAGCCCGCAACCAUCAUGACGCCGCCGACGGUGGCUCCGCUGAUCGAGCGAGGUCCGAGGAGCGGGGCGUCUCGCACUGGAGACCCUCACGACGCAGCAAGUCGGAGGGCCGCCCCGCGCGCCCCCAACGACAAUUGACGAGCGCUGAACGCCGCCGAGAUUCCGAUCCGGACAUUGCGAACACGGAGGACACGGGUCGUGAUUCGGGACUGCUAAAGAAAGCAAUAUCUAAAAUCAGUACCGAAUAUCGACUACAGUUUGCCUGGCCUCAGGGACACACGUCGCGUCGGGAUGCCGCCGCCGAUGCGCCGCGCAAGUCGCAGUCGAUGGGCGCCCUCAAACCUGCCGCCAACGCGAUGAUACACCGAAAGCGCAAUGAGUGUGAACCGCGCGAUGGGAAUGCAAGUGAAUUGGAACCAUUGGUUAAUGAUUCGAACACGAUCAAGGAAGAGGAGUACAAGCCGGAGGCGGUGUACAACAAGGAUUUCAAGCCGUAUGCGAGAGGAGUGCGUAAGGAGGAGGAGAAGAUGGAGGAGCAGACGGUUAAGCAUCUCAUGCAGAAUGGGGAUGCGGCGCCGCCGCCCCCGAAGAGUGAAUGGAUUCGCGAGUGCGUUGAACUGCGCAAAAAGGCCGGAGAAUAUAAAAAUCGUGGAUGGGGUAGUAAACUAGCUCCAGAGUUGGAUAUCUACAACAAGCAAGUUGAACUGUGGGACCAAGUCUCCAGACGUAGUUCCUUAUCAGCCCUCUCGCUGGCGUCUACUGCUCAUAGGAAUUAUACAAAAGAAGAAAAGGAUCACGAGAAUACGAAAAAGUCAUCACCGACUAAAGCGUUACGCAAUGCGGAAAACUCGCGAUUGAUGAAGGAUAUGAUCAGGCAUCAUCUAGAACGCACUACAGGUGGAACAGAAUUUGAUGGGUUAAUCUUAUCGCCGACACGUGAAAAACUCGAACCGACAAUACCAAAACGCGAUGAUGAUUCACGUGGAUCCCAAAAGAAUAGCCCCAAGAAGGGUUCACCCCAAAAAACAGCCUUGCAGAAGAAGAAUUCACUCAAAUCUAAAAGUGCUUUAAAAACAGCGAGGUCACAAUCAGUUGGACCAUCCGACAUGACCUCCACUGAAAAACGCUCCCCGAAGCGCCAAUCACGCCCGGCAACUGUCACAGCAGCUAAAGAUAAAAAGCUCCAUCACCAGCAGCGCCAUCUGUCGCUGUCAACGGCGGCCACUCCAACGACAAAUAACACACCAGCGGUUAAACGACCACGCCCCUCAUCCCUCAACACCACCACCACCACCACUGCCUCAUCCCGAUCUAAACGUAGUUCAGUCCCCUCUAGGCACGAGGACGAGCGCUUGGUUAAGUCAAAGUCAAACAAAAAUUGUAGCAAUGAGACGAACGCGCAUGCCAGGGACCGCCGGCGGGAACGAUCAGCUUCGGAGAAGACUGAUAAGGGUCCACCGGAAGUAAAUGAACCGGAUCCGAUCGAUUUGGAACCAGUGGUCAAGUCUCCACCGGAACCCACGCGGGUGAAGAGCCCCGAACAGAUUAUGAUACGCUCGCCCGAUCCGGUCAAUUGGACUGUGCCGUUAGACACUGGGAAGACCUUCACUGUCACGCAGAACGUGCGGGAAGGUGACUUAGCAGCGCGACCGCAUAGCGAGAUAAAAGCGUGGACGCCGCCUGACUUGCCGCCGCCGAUCGCGCAGUCGGCGCCUCCGCAGCUGACGGAGCAGCCAUGCAAAGAGCCAGGUAUGGGUGUGGCGGCGCGAAGACCGCAUCCACCCUCCUCUCAUCAUCAAGCCAGCCGCUCGCUCUCUCGCACACCCACCAACACACCACAGCCAUCACGCUUGCGAUCUCAUGCCGGCGGCGACUCAUGUGCAACUGUUGCAGCCGGACGUCUCGCCGCACCACGAGCGGACUGCGAACUAGAACACGAGGAGCAGGAGAUUGAGGAGGUUAGAAUUGCUGUGCCGUCGUGUUCCUCGCAUGAGGAGCGCAAUGUACUACAGAUGGCGCGCGAUCGCUUCGACGCCUUCUGGGGGCGUAGCAACUCGGACGAGGUUUAACCCCUCUACCCACAAUGCACACGUCUAUGAUGAAUUCAACUAAGAUUUUCGCCGCCGCCGCUCGUAGUGGUUGAUGUUUUUGUUUUCGCAUUGAUUUCCAUACAGGGUUCAACAAUAGGAGAGAGGCAGAUGACGCGCGACGCCGUUUUACUACCAUUAAAGGAAAACUAUAAUAAUUACGAUAUGAAAUACUAUCUAAUGUUAACUAUAAUCACUUGUGUUAAGCAGUUAAGCGAAGUAACUAGCAAAACGUCUGGCCAUGUUGUAUCCGUUUCCGUGCCGCUGAAACAAUUUUUUAAAACAAAACGCUAACCCAGCCGCUUUUACAUUAAAAAAAAAGAGAAAAACAGAAUCAACAACAAUGUAAUAACAGCUUUUACUUAUUACGUUGUGUGCCAUCCAUUAUGCAAUAAGAAAUGUAGCAUGAGAAGAUGAAAAUCCGUCAAAUCUGUAAACAGAUCCGACCGUUCCGAUGUAUAAGCUAAAAUGGCCGCCACGAAAUUUUUGCAAACAUUUUUGAUUCAUUCCGCUCCAUUACAUAUCCGGAUGCGCUGGAACUGCACCCUAUAAACGAUAAAGGAUCAAAACCUGUGUAUUCUGUAUUUGCGAACUUGGACAUUACUAACGAACGUUUUUACUUUGUGUAGUUGCGUUUGCUUGCGAGAAUUGAGAAAAAAAUGAAACCUCUAUCGUUAAUUUAGUUGACAUCGAAGAAAAAUUGCACGUAAACAAUUAUAUUAUGAUCAAUCUUGCAGUAUUACAUUACGAAUAAAAAAGUUUCUGUUAAAACAA